AUGAGUCGUCGUGUGCGGCGGAAAGUUGCAAAGAACGGUAAAGAGAAGGUGAUUUUCCCUUGCUAUCCGGAGAUUGAAGAUGAGGUUGUUCCACCUCCUGAGAGGAACUAUGUUGUUGUUGAUUGGACAGGCUUGCCUGAUGACACCGUAAUUCAACUGUUUUCAUGUCUGAAUUACCAUGACAGAUCAAGUCUUUCGUCAACUUGUCGAACAUGGAGGGUUUUAGGUGCUUCUCCAUGCCUGUGGAGUUCCUUGGAUCUGCGUGCUCAUAAAUGUGAUGCUUCAAUGGCAGUUUCCCUUGCUUCUAGAUGUCAAAGUCUCAAGAAGCUUCGAUUUCGAGGUGCUGAGACAGCGGAUGCUAUAAUACAUCUUCAGGCCAGACACUUGAAGGAAAUAAGUGGUGAUUACUGUCGGAAAAUAACAGAUGCAACUCUUUCUGUGAUUGUGGCUCGCCAUGAGGCGCUUGAAAGCCUCCAACUUGGACCAGACUUCUGUGAGAGCAUAAGUAGUGAUGCCAUUAAGGCAGUAGCUUUUUGCUGUCCUAAACUUAAGAAACUCCGCCUCUCUGGUAUCAGGGAUGUUUCUGGUGAUGCAAUAAAUGUUUUGGCUAAGCACUGUCCUGAAUUGUCCGACAUUGGCUUUCUCGACUGUCUCAUGGUUGAUGAGGUGGCUCUUGGGAAUGUGGAAUCUGUUCGUUUUCUAUCAGUUUCCGGGACAUCAAAUAUGAAAUGGGGGGUGGUUUCUCAUCUCUGGACUAGGCUUCCUAAACUGGUUGGGUUGGAUGUUUCAAGAACUGAUAUUGGUCCUGCUGCUGUUUCUAGAUUGUUGUCAUCAUCUCUGACAUUGAAAGUCAUUUGUGCCUUAAAUUGCUCUGCUCUUGAAGAAGACACCACGUUUAGCGGCGACAGAUAUAGAGGCAAAUUGUUACUUGCCCAGUUCACAGACAUCUUUAAGGGGAUAGCGUCUUUAUUUGCCGACAGUACAAAGAAACUGAAAAAUGUUUUUGUAGAUUGGAUGGAUGUGAAGCAAAAGGAUAAUAGCUUGCGAGAUAUAAUGACAUGGCUGGAGUGGAUUCUUUCGCACACACUUUUGCGCACAGCUGAGAGCAACCCACAAGGUUUGGAUAACUUCUGGCUCAAACAAGGUGCCACGAUCUUGCUCAGGUUAAUGCAAAGUUCCCAGGAAGAUGUUCAAGAGCGAGCAGCCACAGGACUAGCUACUUUUGUUGUCAUUGAUGAUGAAAAUGCUAGCAUAGAUUGUGGAAGAGCUGAGGCAGUAAUGCAGGAUGGAGGCAUACGUUUACUUCUGGACCUUGCCAAAUCCUGGCGUGAAGGCCUUCAGUCAGAGACUGCUAAGGCUAUAGCAAACCUGUCGGUCAAUGCGAAUGUUGCUAAAGCUGUUGCAGAGGAAGGUGGGAUCGAAAUCCUUGCAGGCUUGGCAAGAUCCAUGAACAGGCUUGUUGCAGAGGAAGCUACAGGUGGACUUUGGAAUCUUUCGGUUGGAGAGGAGCACAAGGGUGCUAUUGCUGAGGCUGGUGGAGUAAAAGUUUUAGUUGAUCUUAUAUUCAAGUGGUCAUCUGGAGGAGAUGGAGUUCUGGAACGUGCCGCUAGCGCUUUGGCUAAUUUGGCAGCUGAUGACAAGUGUAGCAUGGAGGUUGCACUUGCAGGUGGUGUUCAUGCUUUGGUAAUGCUCGCCCGUAAUUGCAAGUUUGAAGGUGUCCAAGAACAGGCUGCUCGUGCAUUAGCUAACCUGGCUGCUCAUGGAGAUAGUAAUACAAACAAUGUUGCAGUUGGUCAAGAAGCAGGUGCCCUCGAGGCACUUGUUCAACUCACUCGUUCUGCUCAUGAAGGUGUCAGGCAGGAAGCGGCUGGGGCGUUGUGGAACCUAUCCUUUGAUGACAGAAAUCGAGAAGCAAUUGCUGCUGGUGGUGGUGUUGAGGCUUUGGUUGCUCUUGCACAAUCCUGUUCGAAUGCUUCACCUGGUCUUCAGGAGAGGGCUGCUGGAGCACUCUGGGGACUAUCUGUAUCAGAAGUCAAUAGCAUUGCUAUUGGAAGAGAAGGAGGUGUUGCACCUUUGAUCUCACUGGCACGCUCUGAUGCUGAGGAUGUUCAUGAAACUGCUGCUGGUGCUCUCUGGAAUCUUGCUUUUACCCCUGGUAAUGCCCUUCGAAUAGUGGAGGAAGGGGGCGUACCCGCACUUGUUAAUCUUUGUUCCACAUCAGUAUCGAAAAUGGCAAGGUUCAUGGCUGCUUUAGCAUUGGCAUACAUGUUUGACGGGAGAAUGGAUGAGUUCGCAUUGGUAGGAACUACUUCUGAAGGGAUUUCAAAGAGCAUGAGCUUAGAGGGGGCUAGGAGAUUGGCAUUGAAACAUAUCGAGGCGUUUGUGCUUACAUUCUCAGAUCAACAUGCAUUUGCUGUUGCUGCAGCAUCAUCAGCUCCUGCAGCAUUGGCACAGGUAACAGAGAGGGCUCGUAUUCAAGAAGCUGGGCAUCUAAGAUGCAGUGGAGCUGAAAUCGGGAGAUUUGUGACCAUGUUGCGGAACCCAUCUUCCAUACUUAAAGCCUGUGCUGCAUUUGCUCUUCUGCAGUUCACUAUUCCUGGUGGGAGGCAUGCGAUGCACCAUGCAAGCUUGAUGCAAAACACAGGAGCAGCAAGGGUUCUGCGUGCUGCUGCAGCAGCAGCAACAGCACCACUGGAAGCAAAAAUAUUUGCCAGAAUUGUGCUGCGGAAUCUUGAACACCACCAGACAGAAUAUUAA